CAAAAGGUGCAGCCUCCCAUCACCGGCCGCACCACCCCGCGGGCCCGCCGCCCAGACCCGCCACCCGCGAGGAAGAUGCGCGGGGCGUCCGGUCGCAGAGAACCACGCACUCCAGCCCGCCGCUCGAAACCUCGGCCUUGAAGAUGGUGAGUAGCCAGCCAAAGUACGAUCUAAUACGGGAGGUAGGCCGAGGUAGUUACGGUGUUGUGUAUGAAGCAAUCAUCAGAAAGACCUCUGCAAGAGUAGCAGUGAAGAAAAUUCGAUGCCACGCACCUGAAAAUGUUGAACUAGCCCUUCGAGAGUUCUGGGCACUAAGCAGUAUCAAGAGCCAGCACCCAAAUGUGAUUCACUUGGAAGAGUGCAUUCUGCAAAAAGAUGGGAUGGUGCAAAAGAUGUCCCACGGCUCUAAUUCUUCCCUUUAUUUACAGCUUGUAGAGACUUCAUUAAAAGGAGAAAUUGCCUUUGAUCCCAGAAGCGCCUAUUAUUUGUGGUUUGUGAUGGAUUUUUGUGACGGAGGAGACAUGAAUGAGUAUCUGUUGUCCAGGAAGCCCAAUCGAAAGACUAAUACGAGCUUUAUGCUGCAGCUCAGCAGUGCUCUGGCUUUCUUGCACAAAAACCAGAUCAUCCACCGAGACCUGAAGCCUGAUAACAUCCUGAUUUCUCAAAGCAGGUUGGACACCAGUGACUUGGAACCCACGCUGAAAGUGGCCGAUUUUGGUCUAAGCAAAGUUUGUUCAGCAUCUGGGCAGAACCCAGAAGAACCUGUCAGCGUAAACAAGUGCUUCCUUUCCACGGCAUGUGGCACGGAUUUCUACAUGGCUCCCGAAGUGUGGGAAGGGCACUACACAGCAAAAGCUGACAUCUUUGCUCUGGGAAUUAUCAUCUGGGCGAUGCUGGAGAGGAUCACUUUCAUAGACACAGAGACAAAGAAGGAGCUCCUGGGAAGUUAUGUAAAGCAGGGGACCGAAAUUGUGCCUGUUGGGGAGGCACUUCUGGAAAACCCCAAAAUGGAACUUCUCAUCCCUGUGAAGAAAAAGUCUAUGAAUGGACGAAUGAAGCAACUGAUUAAGGAAAUGCUGGCUGCAAACCCUCAGGAUCGUCCGGAUGCAUUUGAACUAGAACUCAGAUUAGUCCAAAUUGCAUUUAAAGACAGCAGCUGGGAAACGUGACUACUGCUCGCAGUCAUCUUAGAUGAUAUGCUGCUUCUGAGUCAACGGUGAUUCGACAUUACGUGGCCGAAAGGAAGACGGAAGUUAGACUUCACUUUCUAAGGGGUUAGGUUUUAUUGUGGGGUAAUUUUUUUCUCUCAUUUUUCUUACUCCAUGCAGACCAUUUUAUUGUAUGUUUUGAAUGUGUAUUACCAAUGUGGGUAUAAAACAUUUUUUUAAUGAUCAUUGGUAAAAGUUUGACAGAAAAAAUUCUCUUAAGGGCCAAGCAGAGAAACAAGUCCAAUUUUCUGGAAAUAUGUCUUUAAGUAUUUUAGACAUUCCUUGUCAGUAUUAGGCAUUUCCAUGGAAGAAGAGGUUUGCAUGCUGGUAAUGCAACCUUUGAAGCUUUGUAAAGGAAACAUAUAUGUAUAUAUUUAUGUAUAUGUAAGUAUGUGAAUGUGUGCAUUUUAUAUUCCACAUGAAGAAAAUGCCACUUCUGUUUAAAUUAUUUGAUAGAGGUUUGGGUUUGUGAGAUUUGCUGGUGAAAUUGGUGAUGAAAACUACACAAAACCACCCCUCAUCUUCCCUGCCCUACCCAUACUGGAAACAUGCUAAGGGUGUUUGUUUGGUUUUUUUUUUUUUUUUUUUGCUUUUAUUUUUGUUUUGUUUUUCCCAAGUAUACAUCUCUCUUUAAAGGCAUCAUUUUGGAUGAUCUAAAAUGACUGGUUAAACAUAAUCGAAGCUAAGCAGUUCCAAACUGGUGGAGUACGUCUGAGCUCUCCAGGGCCCUGUAGCUCUUUGAGUUGAAUUAGUCAUUCAGUCACAUGGUAGAAGGUUGGUUGGCAAGGAUGCCAAUGGCUCAGUCAUUACCUUUAGGUAACUGAGCAUUUGUUUAACUGAUUAAACAAAUGCACUGGAACGUGUGUGCACUUGAGUGUCUGCCAUGACCUAAGGAUGGUAUUCUUCUGUUCUGAAAACAUUGCUUUACACGACUGUAAUACUUGAUGCAUUAAUUUGGAGUUUAAGACUUUUUCUAAGUCUCAGCAUAAAGUUGAAGGAACCAAAUGAGCUCACCCUCCAGUUGCUGGCCCCGCUGUGGCUUCCUGUUGGAUCACUGGAGUCCCUGUCACUUUGGCACUGAUGCUGUCUUCUCUUGUCUCCUGUGAGGCGGUAAUGGGACUGGUAAUCACUGUCAUAAAUACUGAUUGCUUUUUUACAAAAUGGGAGAUGAUGCAGUUUGGCAGAUGGAUAAAAUUCUAUGCCAUCAACUGCUUUUAGUAGAAAAGUUGUCGGUUUCUUUUGAUCACUGGUGUUGUCUGUCAGAAAGCAAGAGACUCUUAACUCCUCCUGAAGUGAAAUUCAGGCGUGCUCAUCUCCAGAUUGUUCAUGCUAAUGCAGGAAAUUGAGAAAAGGAGUCUGUCCUAACCAGAGUACCAGUCUCUAUUCUAGAGCUUUAUAAAGCUCUAGACCACACCUCCAGUGCUGAGGUAGAACCUUGGGCCUUGGGCAUGUUAGGGAAGCAGUCUGACCUGACCCCGCUGGGAUCUUUCUACAGCACUAAGAUGCAAAAGUCAAAAGAAUACCGACAUACUGACAUCAGCACUUGUCAUCGUCUCCUCAAUGCUUGAACCUCCACUCCUUCACAGGGCUAUGUGUAGCUCAGGGGAAAGCACUUGCCUGGCAUGUAGAAAGCCUGGAUUCAGUUCCUAGCCCCCUAAAAUCAGUAAGUCAAUAGAUAAAAUGUGUUCAGAGGGUAAUAAGAGAUAACACAUCAAAAAAUGGAACAUGUAAAACUUCCAGAUUGAGUAAAUCUGGAAGCUUAAAAACAUGAACUAAAAGACUAUUAAAAUUUCAUCAAACGAAAAAGUCACACACACACCUCAUACCACUUGCAGACUAUUUAUUUCUAAAAUAGAGAUGUACUAGUCCUUCAUGGUAAUUGAUCCUCUGGGCCACCAAGUUGACACAGAUCUGAGCAGGAGACUGAGUUCCAGGAAAUUCGAAAAAGCCCCAUUAUAAUAUAGUAUCAGUGAUUUGGCACUCCAUUAGAUUGAUGUGUAAUGUAUGCCAACAGUUCAUUUGCUCUACAAAUACCUGUGCACUUGAAGCCCCAGUGUUGAGCACAUAGCUUUUGAUCCUGUCUCCUUGAAAAUAAUGGUGAUUUGUUUUGUCUUUUGUUUUGGUUGGUACUGGGAUCAUACCCAGAGCCUUGCGUGUGCUACACAAAGACUUUACCACUGAGCUACAUAUCUAACCCCAGUUAUAAUUUAUUUUGAAAGAUUUUUACCUGUGAAAUACAAUUCUUUCCUUUAUUAGAGGUAAGGGUGUGGGGUGAUCAGGAAAUUUCUUCCAGAAUGUUCUCAAGUCAUUGUAUUCUAAAAUAGCUUAUGAUAUCAACAAAAGGAUAGUAAUUUCUUAGUUCUUUUUCAGUCAGAGGUAUUUAUUAAGUACCUACUGUGUGCUCAGCACUAAAGUUUAGUUGAUAUGACAACAAUUUAAGAUUGAAGUUGUGGGGAUGCUGGAGGGAUGACCCAGCAGUUUUUAAGACUUGCUGCUCUUGCACCCAUGUUGGAUAGCUCACAGCCACCUAACCUCUAGCUCCGGGGUACCCAGUAUCCUCUUGCUUCUGUGGGCACACACACACACACACACACACUAAUAAAAUAAAAUAAACCUUUUUUAAAAAAAGUGCAUUUAGCCAUGCACUUUCUCCAGUCACCUGUAAGAAAUAAAGAUAAGUGAUACUUGGAAAUUUUGGGUAUUUGCUAAAAGAAAAAUGCAAUCAAGAAAUUGUGCACAGUGCCUUGCCCAUAAUAGGUACUCAAUAAACAGUUAUUCCUCAUAGUCUGUUGCCAUGGUUUCUGGUGUCUUAUGAAAUUUGUCUUAAUUGAAAAAGACCAAAUAUUUCAAAUAAAGCUUAUAGGCAGCUGUGUCCAGUCACUGUAGGGUUGUACAGUUAGUUCCUAGGAUGUUAUUUUGCACUAGUUGUCACUUAGAAACAUGGGGUUCUGUAGAUUCUUGGUGCUAAGGGAUACUUUGUCAUUUUGAUGAAGUAAGUGUUAAGUGUCAGAUAAAUAGCACAGAAUAGUUCUUUCUGCAGGUCUGGGUUUUUUGUUUUGUUUUUCUUUGUUGUUUUUAAUUGUAAAAUGUUACCAAUCAAACUAUUGUAGCAGCUACAAAAUAAUUCACCAGCAUGACAAAAUAGUCAAAAAAAAAAAAAGAUGUCAUAGGCACAUCAGAAAUGAAAGCAACUUUAAAAUUUUUCUUUUAAAAUUGUCAAAUAUAUUUUAUGAAGAAUUUAUAAGGGGGAAAGUAUUGUAAUUUAUUGUUCAUGAGGUUUCUUUUUUUUAAUAAAGUGAAUUUCAACAAGA